UUCCACGUGAGCUCACAGCCAGACACACGCAGUUGUUGUACUCUGGUAGAGGACAUAUGGUGUGUUCCCGAAAAAGGGGAUCAAUGUUGUAUUGAAGAAAUUGAGAAUGGGCCGUUGUUGAAGGAUUGUGGCAUCAUGAAUGAAGACGUGUUCAGAAGCUCACACUUGCCAAUAAAGCUGGCAGCUUUGCACUUUCUGGACCUUCCACUGUCAGUCUAUUACUCCCUUCCACAGGUGAGUCUGAGCACCGGCACCAAGAAGCUUUUUGCCGCUACCGCCUUCGGUGCGGUCUCCCUCAUCAUCAUCGCACGACGCUUCAGGAGGAGGAAAGGCAAGAGGAAAGCCAAUUCUCCAGUAGAACAGGAAACGUUUGAAUUCCUCACCACCAUCCACCUGAGUAAAGAGAGUGACAGUCAAAGAGUGCCUCAGAACUCAGAGAACCCCUACUCGUGUAAUGUGGUGUCCGGUGCCCUGUACAGCAAGCUUUCUGGCUCACUGCCAAGUCUGGUCUCUGUGAGGAGCAGGCACUCCUCCAGCAGCUCCACGUGCGCUAAUGUCUCCAAUUGUUGGGAAGAAGCAGGAGACGGCGCUGACGUCUGUAACCUGCUCAGUCUCCCUGUCGCCACACCAGAGAAUCUCUACCUGAUGGGAAUGGAAUUAUUCGAGGAAGCCUUGCGGCGAUGGGAGCAGGCGUUAACGUUCCGCAGCAGACAAGCAGAAGACGAGGCUAGCUGUUUAUCCGUGAAGCUCGGAGCUGGAGACGCCAUUGCAGAGGAAAGCAUGGAGGACAUCAUCAGUGCAGAUUUCAUCCAAAAGCUGGAGUCUCUGCUACAAAGAGCCUAUCGCCUCCAGGAGGAGUUUGAAGGAUCGCUGGGAGUGACAGACCCUACUACACAUCCUGCUAACGUUCUUCUGGCAGACAAGCACAUGGAUCUUUCCGUGCGGGAGGACUUGGAGGACACCUGUCUCAGAGAUUCAAUCAGCAUCGCCUCGACAGAUUCCUUCGUGUCUGCAGCAGAGUUGUCUGAGCACAGAGAGAUGAGGAGUGGUCAUGCGCCGGGGUCACUGUGUCCUCACCCCUUCUAUGAGGAUGCCCUGCAGAUGGCGGAAGAAGGGAAGAUCUCCUGUCGAGUGCUACGAACAGAAAUGCUUGAAUGUCUUGGAGACGCCGAUUUCCUGGCGAAGCUACACUGUGUACGGCAGGCAUGUCAGGUCAUCUUGUGUGAAAGGGCAACUAGAGCAUUUCUUGCUGACACCGGGAAGAGGAUAUUGUCUGCAAUUAUUUCUAAAGCAAGAAAGAGUCCAAAGAGGUUUGAGGAAGUAUUUGAAGAAAUGAUCUCCUUUUUGGAGCAAACUGACCACUGGGAGAACACAGAAAAUGAGCUUUCCUCAAGAGGGGUUAAACAUAUGAACUUCUAUGAUGUUGUUCUUGACUUCAUCCUUAUGGACUCAUUCGAGGAUCUAGAAAAUCCACCUUUAUCGAUCCAAACUGUGGUCAACAAUCGCUGGCUCAGCAACUCCUUCAAAGAGACGGCAGUUGCAUCAAGUUGUUGGUCUGUUCUGAAGCAGAAGAGACAGCAUAUGAAGGUUCAAGAUGGCUUCAUUGCACAUUUUUAUGCAGUGUGUGAGCACAUAAGUCCAGUCUUGGCCUGGGGGUUUCUUGGCCCUAAAUGUACUCUGCAAGAUUACUGCUGCUUCUUCAAGGAGCAGGUGUUGUUCUUUCUUAAGGACAUUUUUGACCUCGACAAAGUACGUUAUUUUAGUCUGGAGACACUGGCUGAGGACAUCCUACACCUGCUUCACAGACGAUCUGAUCUGCUUCUGAGCUAUCUGGGAACAGAUGUGAUCCAUCACCUGAACGGCUGUAGUGACACCUCAGUGCAUCUGGUACACAGUGCUUUGCUGGAAGCACAAGUUCAGUGACUAAAUCUGUCCGUCAGCCAGCCAUUCACGCACUCACUCACUGCCUACAGCUGCUGAGUCUAGUCCUCAUCAUUGACUUGUCUUCCAAGUCACUAUUAGUGCCAUGUAAUGUUUGUAUGUUUAAAAUUAAGUGGUUAAAAAAAGGACAGAUGUCUAUUUUAUAUACCUUUCAGUGUUCUUUUAUGGAAAUCUCUGUUUGGACUUGAAGAAUGAUUUGCACAAUGAAUGGUCUAAACUUUUAGGGUCCUUCAGCUUUUGAGACCUGAAUGUUGUAACCAUAUUGGAGUGUUUGAAAAGGGAUGAAAACACUUGUCUCCAAAAAAAGGGUAUGGAAAUUAAGAUUUCAACACUGCCCAUAAAUUCAGAUCAGAUUUUUUAGUCAUGCGAAGCUAAGGCCAUGCAACAGGCAAUUUAAGACUCAUGUACUGUAAUCUGCUUCUGGAGGUAACGCUUGUUCAUAACUCACCUGUUAUGCCAGUACAAAAAUGUGUCAUUUAAAGCAACACGAUGUGAACAAUAAAAACUUAAGCCAUUCGUAACGA